CCGGGGUCGUCCCCUCCCGCCCUCUCCUUCCACUGACGCAGUCCGUGCCGCACCAGCUCUAACAUGGCGGCGAGGCGCUAAGGAGCGCGGGGCGACGCGGGCCGCGAGCGGGAUUCUGGAUGGCUAUCUUUGCAAUAUAAAUCAGUGUGGAUUUGUGUUCGUGCAUGUGAAGAUGACCUGAAACAAAAUGCCAGAAAUGUGGAUUUAUGUGCUUUAUUUUUCAUUUGGGCAUCGAAUGAAGACCGCUGCCAAAGAUAGCUGUAAAUUGAUGCGAGGAACUAAUAUGAAGACAAAGUCAAGGAGAAAUUAGAGUAUUAAAAUUUUCGAAGCCAUGGGAGUAAAGGUCCAGAGACCUCGUUGCUUUUUCGACAUAGCCAUCAACAAUGUACCUGCUGGAAGAGUGGUCUUUGAACUAUUUUCAGAUGUGUGUCCAAAGACAUGUGAGAAUUUUCGCUGCCUUUGCACAGGUGAAAAGGGUACAGGAAAAUCCACCCAAAAGCCAUUGCAUUACAAAAGUUGUCUAUUUCACAGGGUAGUGAAAGAUUUUAUGAUCCAAGGCGGUGACUUCAGUGAAGGAAAUGGCAGGGGAGGAGAAUCCAUUUAUGGUGGCUUUUUUGAAGAUGAAAGCUUUGCUGUAAAGCACAACAAAGAAUUUCUUCUUUCAAUGGCCAACCGAGGAAAGGAUACAAAUGGUUCACAGUUCUUUAUAACUACUAAACCUACACCUCACUUAGAUGGACAUCAUGUUGUUUUUGGACAAGUCAUCUCAGGUCAAGAAGUUGUGAGAGAAAUAGAAAACCAGAAAACAGAUGCAUCUAGUAAACCAUAUGCUGAAGUACGCAUACUGAGUUGUGGAGAGUUGAUUCCAAAAUCCAAAGCCAAGAAAGAAGACAAGAAAAGGCACAAGUCGUCUUCCUCAUCCAGCGACUCGGAAAGUUCAAGUGAUUCAGAAUCAUCUUCUGAUUCAUCAUCGGAUUCUGAGAGUGCUUCAGAAGAGAAAUCUAAAAAGCGAAAAAAGAAACACAAGAAAAAUUCCAAGAAACAUAAGAAGGAAAAGAAAAAGAGAAAGAAAAGCAAGAAAAGUUCAUCUAGUGAAAGUGAGGAUGAAAACCCUGAAGCACAGCCGUUAUCUACUGUCCGUCCUGAAGAAAUUCCUCCAAUACCUGAAAACCGGUUCUUAAUGAGAAAAAGUCCUCCUAAAGCAGAUGAGAAAGAAAAAGAGAGGAAAAGCAGAGAGAAGGAAAGAGAGAGUAAUCUAUCGAAUUCUCAGUCAACAUACCAGAGAAGGCUGCUGGUGACCAGAUCGGGAAGGAAAAUAAAAGGAAGAGGACCAAGGCGUUACCGGACUCCUUCCAGAUCCAGGUCAAGAGAUCGGUUCCGACGCAGUGAAACUCCUCCACAUUGGAGGCAAGAAAUGCAAAGAGCUCAAAGAAUGAGAGUGUCAAGUGGAGAAAGAUGGAUAAAAGGAGACAAGAGUGAAAUAAAUGAAAUCAGGAAAGAUAAUCAAAAAAGCCCAGGAAGAGGAAGGGAGAGAAAAACAUCAGACCACAGACAAGUUUCUGAAAGUCCAAGCAGAAGAGGGGAAAAAGAGAAGAAAAAAGAUCAUAAAUCCAGCAGUAAAGACAGGGAGACAAGAAGAAAUUUGGAAAAAGAUGACAAGCAUAAUAGAAGCAAGACCAAGAAAAGAGGCAAAUCUAGAAGCCAUAGUAAAAGCAGAGAGAAAUCAAGAAGUAAAGAAAGAGACUCCAAACACAGCAGACAUGAUGAGAAGAGAAGAUCAAGAAGCAAAGAGAGGGACCGUGAGAAAGACAGAGAAAAAGAAAAGCACUAUGAUUCUAGAGGGAGAGAUAAAGAAAGAAGUAGGAGUAAAGAGAGAAGCAGAAGGGCAGGUUCAAGAAGUAAUGAACAUAACCAUAGGAAGAGUAAAGACAGGGAGAAACAUAAAUCAAGAAGCAGAGAGCGUGAGCAUGCUAGAGGAAAACAUAGUUCCAGCAGUAGAACAAGGGAACGAAGCAAAAGCAGAGAUAGGGGUAGAAGGGGUAGAUCAAGAAGCAGAGACAGAGAUCGCAGUCGAAGUAAGGAAUAUUCAAGGAACAGGGAUAGAGAAUCAAGAAGAAGACGAUCAAGAAGCAGAGAAAGGAGAGGUACACCAGAUAGAUACAGAGGAAGAGAAAAUAGGAGGAGGAGAAACUCGAGGAGCUCAGAGAGAGAGGAAAGUCAGAGCAGAAACAGAGAAAGAUACUCAAAUAGAGAAAGUAGAAGCUCAUAUAGGAGGAAUGAUAGUGAAAGCCAAAGGAAGAGGCAUUCAAAAAGCCAUGAAAGUAGCAGUCCUGAAUCCAGUAAAGGUAAGAAGUCUAGUAGAGAUCAAGAUAGAAGUCCAGAUUCAAAAAAGAGACCAAGUAGCAAAGAGAGAGAAUCAAAAUCGUACUCACACAGGAGUAAUGAAAAGGAAAAGACCAGAUCCUCAGCUGAAAAAGAAAUUAACCAAAAAUCAGAGAGUCAGGACAGAGAUCAUGCCCCUGGUAAGGAUAAGAAAUCUGAUCGUGAAACAAGUCCUGGAACAGAUGAUGACAGGCAUGGAUGAGUGUUUGGACUUAAUGUUUCCAUCGUCUCAAAGUUUUAGAGACGUUUUGAGGAACGCCUUUUUUUAAGAUGUGGACUUCAGUUUGGUCUUUUGAUAAUCUAAAACCUGGAUCAUUUGUACUGCUAAAGUUUUAAUAAACUUGAAAUGAAAAAUU